CCUCGGUUGAAUGAAAACAGACUAGUUGGCCUGAGUGUGAAAAACAGAAGGAUCACUGGACUUAACACACCUGUCAAUAUUACCAUGAGUUACUCAGCAGGACUAAAUAAAACCCAAGAACCUCAAUGUGUGUUCCUUAACAACACAAGUCAAGCAUUUAGCACAGAGGGCUGCCAGACACAGUGGGAGUACGGUCAGCAUGAGGUGAUCUGCUCUUGUGAUCAUCUUACAUACUUUGGCAUUCUCAUGGUAUCCUCUUCCCUGUCCUCCACGGACCAGCAGAUAUUGUCACGCAUUACUGAGAUCGGCUGCAGUAUUUCUCUUUUUUGUCUAGUGGUCACAGUUUUUAUCUUCUACACAAGGAGGAAAAUCAAAGUUGAUGAUUCUAAAAAGAUCCACAUCAGCCUGGCGAUCGCCUUGAUCCUCCUCAACCUACAUUUCCUUACCAGUGGGAUGGUUGCAGAAUCCUCCUCUUCGGGCCUUUGUGUUUACAUGGCUCUUGCUCUCCACUACUCUCUGUUGGCUACCUUCUGUUGGAUGGGCUUGGAGGGGUUCCACCUCUACCUUCUCAUCAUCAAAGUCUUCAACAUCUACAUCAAUAGAUACAUGUUGAAAAUCAGUGUGGUGGGAUGGGGUGUUCCAGCAGUCAUUGUGUUGCUUUUGCUGUCAAUAAACACAAAAUUUUAUGGAAAAUAUACAUUUGUGGACUCGUCAAACCCCACUAGUAGUACAAUAUGCUACAUAACCGACGAGAACGUAAAGUGGGUGACCACAGUGGGAGUGUUUGGUCUGAUGUUCCUCUUUGUCAUGGUCGUGUUUUUGCUUACAGUUAGAAAUCUGAUGCCAAACUGCUGUCAGAAAGAGUUCAGGCAAAAGAACUGGAAAGGACUGAAGCAGAAAGUCUGCACCGUGCUGGUCCUCAUCACUCUGCUUGGGAUUACCUGGGGAAUCAUCUUCUUUUCGUUUGGACAACUGACCACUCCUGGCCUCUACGUCUUCUGCAUUUUGAACUCACUGCAAGGUUUUUUCAUUUUUCUCUACUUCGUUUUCUCUCUAAGAAAAACUAAAGACAUCCCAGCUUCAUCAAGUGAGAGACCAACCACCACAAGCCUGGAUAUUUUGGAGUAGCAUCUCAUCCAAGUGGACUUUUGUUCUUAAGUCACUGGCCUGAGUUCAGUGAUUCUGACAUUAAAAACAUUUUGCUUUCUUUGCAACUUUUUUAAAAUCUGAUCUUUUGCAGAUAUUUAACAACAAGAUAUUUUUUAACAACUGUCAUAGUUACAUGGGUCUGUAUGGGAUGUUGUUCUGGAGAAGCAUGACAAAAAUCUACAGAAAAACUGUGAGCUAUGCUACAAAUGUGCCCACAAGGAAAUGUUGAGUAUUUAAAAGAAUUCUGUCAAAUUCAUCAAUACAUCCCCAUGCAUUGUACUUACCAUUAUUUUUGGUUGUUUGGGAAAAACAGGAAUCUUUUUUUCAUUUCUGUAUUUCAGUUAGAAUGCAUUUUAAUUCAAAUGAAAAUCAUCUUGAAAUAAAUUCUCACAGGUAGCCUACAAUGCGAUUUACAAUGUUUUAUUUUUUGCAUGUGAUUGUUUUGCACAGAAUUUAAGAUGUAUUUGAGGAAAGGUAUUUACAGCUAUUGUGUUUUUAAUGACAAAGCCAUAUUGUUUUGCUAAUUACUGGAAUUAGCAAGCAAC